UUGUGCUGGAGAAAAGGAAGCGCGUAUAGCUCCUCUCCAUCACAUUACACUUUCCAAACACUGACGGGAAAACAAAAAAAGCCAGGAUGUAGAAUCGGUUGCAGGGCGUCCACAAACCCCGCUACAGACAGUUUCUUCUGAGUCUUGUGGUCCUGGAGUCGGAUUAAUUCUGCUCCACCAGCCGCGCGUUCAGCUCGGUGCUGGAGUCUGUCGAUCGAUCGAGGAGGAGGAGAGGUGCUACUCGCUGCUUCAUCCCGCCGGAUGGAUCAGCGCUCCUCUUCUCUCACUUACAACUGACGGCUUGGUCUUCAUAGAAACUCUCCUGUCUUUGUUUGGAGGAGUUGGGAUUUUGUUCCCUCAUCCAGUUUAAUCGAUGUCAGUGGAUUUGGUGGAAAGCCAAGUCUGACGGUGAGGAGGACUACUUUGAAGACUUGACAAUGGCAACAGGAGUAGCUGCAUGGCUCCCUUUUGCCAGGGCAGCAGCCAUUGGCUGGAUGCCUGUUGCCAACUGCCCCAUGCCUGUUGCACCAAGGGACAACCAUAAGAGACAGGAUGAGCUGAUCAUCCUCAAUGUCAGUGGCCGUCGUUUUCAGACCUGGAGAAACACUCUGGACCGGUACCCAGACACCCUGCUGGGCAGCUCUGAAAAAGAUUUCUUUUACAACGAAGAAACCAAGGAGUACUUCUUUGACCGGGACCCUGACGCCUUCAGAAGCAUCCUGAACUUCUACCGGACAGGAAAGCUCCAUUACCCUCGUCAUGAGUGCAUUUCAGCUUAUGAUGAGGAGCUGACCUUCUUUGGCAUCAUCCCUGAGGUCAUCGGUGACUGCUGCUAUGAGGAGUACAAGGACAGAAAGAGGGAGAAUUUAGAACGUCUGCAGGAUGAUCAGGAGGAGAACAAGGAUAUGAAACUGCCAAAACUGAACUUCAGGGAGACCAUAUGGCGAGCUUUUGAGAACCCUCAUACCUCCACCAUGGCCCUGGUCUUCUACUACGUCACUGGUUUCUUCAUUGCCAUCUCAGUCAUAACUAACGUGGUAGAGACUGUGCCCUGUGGUUCCACAACCAACCAAAAAGACAUGCCAUGUGGUGAACGCUACACAGUGGCUUUUUUUUGCAUUGACACUGCCUGCGUCAUGAUAUUCACAGUGGAAUACCUGAUGCGCUUGUUUGCUGCACCUAGCCGUUACCGUUUCAUGCGCUCAGUGAUGAGCAUCAUUGACGUGAUGGCCAUCUUGCCAUACUACAUAGGCCUGGUGAUGACCAACAACGAGGACGUGAGUGGUGCCUUUGUGACGCUGCGUGUGUUUCGAGUGUUCCGUAUUUUCAAGUUCUCCCGUCACUCGCAGGGCCUGCGGAUCCUGGGUUAUACCCUCAAGAGCUGUGCUUCAGAGUUGGGUUUCCUCCUCUUCUCGCUCACCAUGGCCAUCAUCAUCUUUGCCACAGUCAUGUUUUAUGCAGAGAAGGGCUCCAGCUCCAGCAAGUUCACCAGCAUCCCAGCUUCCUUCUGGUACACCAUUGUCACCAUGACGACACUGGGGUAUGGAGACAUGGUGCCAAAGACGAUCGCUGGGAAGAUCUUCGGCUCCAUCUGCUCCCUGAGUGGUGUGCUGGUGAUCGCUCUACCUGUCCCAGUCAUUGUCUCAAACUUCAGCCGCAUCUACCACCAGAACCAGAGAGCAGAUAAACGCCGCGCUCAGAAGAAAGCCAGACUGGCCAGGAUAAGAAUAGUCAAGUCCGGCAGCGCCAACGCCUUCCUCCAAAGCAAACGCAACGGACUGCUCAACGAACUGCUGGAGCUGACGGGUACAGAAGAGGAUGAGCAAAAGCUGAUCAAGUCCACCUCUCUGUUAGAGAGCCAACACCACCACCUACUGCACUGUCUGGAGAAAACCACAUGUUAUCCUGUUUGUUCUCUCCAGGCUCAUGAGUUUGUGGAUGAGCAGAUGUACAAGCAGAACCGUUUAGAAACAGCACUGCAGAAUGACCCGUCGCGCAGCCCCUCUAUAUGCAGCCAUGACAGCUCUGUGGGUACCUGCUGUAGCCACCGAGUAAAGAGAAACGCUGCUCUGCCCAGUGUCAGUGUUCCCUCCACCCACCCCAUCCCAAUGCACCAGGGCCCUUUGCAGGAGCUCAGGGCCAUCCACAUACAGUGUGGUGACCUGCCAUCACACACCACCAGUCGUUCAAACCUCAACCUAAAAACCGAUGACAGUGGCAGGAUCAACUGCAGAGGUGCCCAGAUCACAACAGCGAUCAUUUGCCUCCCGACACCUUCUGCUCUGACCCCUGAUGGUGAUGGCCUCCAUGGGCCCCCACAGCAGAGGCCGCCCCCACCCCUGGGUCACCCUGCAGCCCCAAGCAUCCAAACCACAACAAGCUCCGCUGGCACCAACAUCAUCAAAGUCUCUGCUCUGUGACUCUCUGGCUGACAGAUGUAACUUAGCUCAGCAGGAGAGAAUAAAUCAACAGGAUGCAGAGGAGGAAGACAAAAAAGCACGUUUCAUUACAGUGCUGGAGGCUCUGUGUCCCAUCUCACAGGGUCAACAGGAAAAGCUCUGCACCCCAGAGGAGUCACCAGCUGAUGUUUAAAAGAAGACGGGUGAUGUGGAGACAUUACUGAGGUAGAGGACUGUACAGUAGGUAUGUGAACCAAGAAUUACACACUCGCCAUGUUGUGUAUGUACUGUAGAUACGGACAGAAUCACUGCAUUUCUAAUAGUCUCUAACAGCAGUUCAGACGUUUCACAGCAAGUACUGUGAAAAAGAAAGACAAUGUUCAAUUGUCCGUACAUCAACAGAUACCACAAAGUCACAGUAAAUUUCAAGUGAAUUCAUAGUGAAAAGGGUAUUUUGUUUACUUUAAAUGUGUUGGAAGAAAGAUGCGGUGUUGAGUGUGUUUAUUUGAAUUUGAUUGGUCUUGUUAGUGUUAUGUGUUGUCUGAAGUAUUUUGAGGAUAAAACUGAAAUUAAAAUACUUUCUUUACAGCAUCAUUUGAAAAAAAAAAAAAAUAUCACGGUACCAAUGCUGCUAAUUUCAUAUCACUGAAAUGUGAAUUUGAGGUCAUGUGAUUUAUCCUGUGGAAAACGAAAAUUGCUAUAGAAGAAGCGUGCAUAAAUUUGCAUCUGUUAAACCUCCACUAGUUUACAUGCCGUUUGCCAAAUCAUAAAGAUGCCGAUGAAUAGAGACAACUUCGCACAGUCCAAUUUUUUGACGCUGGAAACAGAUCUUCUUAACAGACUUCAGAGUACAGUGUUUGCACCACUAUCUGAAACAUGUGAAGUAACACUCAUGCUUGCGUUGCAUUACAAAAUUUUGAACAACAUAUUUUGCCACACAAGUACGCACCAAACCCUCCUUGCCUAGCUGGAUGCGUUUGCAGCUGCGUAGCUUGUGUAGAGUUUGAAAGAGCCCUUGCAGCUGAUCAGGUGAUUAUUCUAUGCGGUUCGCUGUAAUGGCUACCCCAGAUUUGCUUUCUGCCUUACUCAGAGAUAACUGUGAAAAAUGAUUUGAAUGAAAUCAUGUUUGUUCGAGCACUCUCUGAGGCUAACUGAC